AUGGAGCCAGCCAGCAAGCGCUUGAACGCUGACGCCGUCGUAAGUGUCGAGAUGCCGCCGGACGUGGUGUGGGAGGUCCUGCUGCGCGUCCCGGCCAGGGCGCUCUGCCGCGGCCGCGCUGUCUGCCGGUCGUGGCGCUCCCUCCUCUCCGACCCAGGCUUCAUCAAGGCGUACGCUUCCAGGCGCCCGGGCCUCAUCCUCGCCCUGGCCGCGAACGGCGACCGCGUCGACAUGGUGGACCUGUUGUCCGGCGACGUCGUCCAGAGGAUAGACGUCCCGGUGGAGGACGUCAGCGCGCCGCACGGGUACCCUGGCCCGCCGUACCUUUUCCGGUCCAAGAACAACGUCAUCCGCGUGAUCGACCCUGAGACCUGCGCUUUCUCCACCUUGCCCUCCGACGACCUCGAUAAAGGCCCACGCUGGCGCUGCGACUAUGAGACGUGGGCCUGCUACACGGUCGGGGUCGCCGCCUCCGCCGGCAAGCGCAAGGUGCUCUGUGUGGUCACCCGCCGCGAUUGCAAGAGCUGGCUCGUCGAGCAGUACUGCCACGUGUUCACCCUAGGAGACGACCGCUACGGGCGCUGGAGACGGAGGCCGAGCCCGCCAGCCCGCGUCUGGUUCGACUCCCGCAUACACGAUGUUGUCAUCCAGGGGGUCGUUUACUUCUUGGCGGACCAGUACGACCCCAACUCUCCCGAUCCCGACAUGAACCACGUCGCGUCGUUCGACCUGAACACGGAGGAGUGGAGGCCGGCGACGCUUCCAGGCCCACCGUCGAUCGAUACCAGCGACGAGGAUUGCAUCAUGAUAUUGGCGACGCUCAAUGGCAGUUUGUGUUGA